AUGCAACUCGUUCUUUCUCUUCUCGCCCUCUCGGCGACCUCGACACUGGCUGCGCCGGUGCAUACCCUUCCUCAAAAUCAGAAUUCUACCGCCCCGACUCAUGCCGGCAAACUCCUAACUCCCAUCUCCCAACCCCCCAAGGAGGAAUCUCGCGUGGAGGCCCGUACCUUCGGUCUCCUGGCCGGUCUGCUCUCCCACGGUCUCGGUGGAUCGGCUGAAUGUGAAGCCUGUGAGGCUGAAGCCAGUGGCUCUGCUGGCGCCAGCGGUGGACACAGUGGUGGAUGGGGUGGCCUUUUGAGUGGUGGACUGGGCGGUCAUCUUGGUGGUGGUUUCGGCGCUGGUCUAGGCGGCAGCGCUGGCGACGGCGAAGACUGCGACGAAAAUGGUGAAGGAGGAGUGAGUGCUGGUGGUUCUGCUGGCGGCUCGGCCGGAGGAUCCGCCAGUGGCUCCCUUGGAGGAUCAAUUGGAGGAUCCGCUGGAGGUUCAGCAGGGGGAUAUGGUGGUGGCUCAGCCAGUGGCUCGUCUGGUGGCUCCGCUGGUGGCUCCGAUAACGGCGAAGACUGCGACGAAAAUGGGGAAGGAGGAGUGAGUGUUGGUGGUUCUGCUGGUGGCUCGGCCGGAGGAUCCGCCAGUGGUUCUGCAGGAGGCUCAGCUAGUGGCUCAGCCAGUGGCUCGUCUGGUGGCUCUGCUACCGGUUCCCUCGGUGGUUCCGCCUCUGGCACUGCAGGAGGCUCGGCUGGCGGCUCUGUAGGAGGAUCAGCUGGAGGCAGCGCUGGAGGAAGUGCAGGCGGCUCAGUUGGUGGCUCGGCUGGUGGCGAUACCGGCGUUUCUGCUACAGGAUCUGGUUCAGCUGGUGGUUCCGCUGGUGGCUCUGCUACCGGUGCCGUCGGAGGUUCUGCCUCUGGUGCUGCUGGUGGUUCGCUUGGAGGAUCCGUUGGAGGCUCAGCCGGUGGUUCUACCUCUGGCACUGUUGGAGGUUCCGCUGGUGGCUCCGCUACCGGUGCUCUUGGAGGCUCGUCUUCUGGUUCUGCCACUGGCUCUCUCGGAGGUUCGGCUACCGGCUCUGUUGGAGGCUCUGGUUCUGUUGGCGGCUCUGGCAGCGUUGGAGGAUCUGCUGGCGGUUCCCUUGGCGGCGGCGUCAGCGGCAGUGCAGGCGGAAACGCCACCGGCAGCGCUGGAGGAAGUGCAAGUGGUUCUGCCGGAGGCUCUACAGGUGGUGACACUGGUGCCUCUGCUACUGGCUCCACCUCCGGCUCCGGCUCUACUGAAGGUUCCGGCUCUACUGGUGGUUCUGCUAGCGGUUCGGCCGGCAGCGACACUGGUGCCUCUGCUACUGGCUCCGGCUCCGACUCCAGCUCCAGCCCGACUGAAGGUUCUGGCUCCAGCCCUGGUUCUGUCGGCGGCUCCGCCAGUGGAAGCGCAGGCGGCUCUGGCUCCAGCUCCGGCGGUAUCAGCAUCGGCGGCAGUGCAACUGGCAGCGGCAGCGCCUCGGCCUCUGCCUCGGCCUCCGCAAGUGCCGGUGCGAGCGCCUCGGCCGGUGCCUCUGCGACUGGUGGUUCGGGCUCUGACAAUGGUGAGGACUGCGACGAGACCGGCGCCGACGCUACUACCGGUGACGACAACGACAACGGCGACGACAGCUGCGACGAGUGCGGUGAUGAUGCCGAUGAGGGCGAUGACUCGUCCAUGGGCGGCGACGACUCCGAGGACUGCGAUGAGUGA